AUGAGGGGGAUCAAUGUGACGCUGAGAAGCAAAUCAAAGCUUCACAUUGAUGUAGAUAUUGAGGAUGUUAAUGGACGAGUGUGGCGGUUUACUGGAGUAUAUGGGGAAUCCCAGGGGGACAAAAAAUUUCGCACAUGGGAGAUGUUGAAGGGUUUAUCUACUCCAAGUGAUGGCCCCUGGAUGUGUGCUAGUGAUUUCAACGAGAUCUUAUAUAAUCAUGAGAAGGAGGGUGGAAGAAGCCGCUCACAGUCUCAUAUGGACCAGUUCAGAGAAGCUCUGGAGGCAUGUGAGCUGCAGGACCUGGGUUUUUUUGGAGAUGUUUUCACUUGGAGGAACAAUAAUCACCGGGUGGAGGGCUACAUUAGAGAAUGUUUGGACCGGGCUGUUGCAAACUCUCAAUGGCGUGGUCUGUUCCCAGCAGCAAGGGUAUUCAAUGGUGAUCCAAGGCACUCCGACCACAGACCAGUUAUUAUAACUGUGGAGAAACGAGAUGGCCCACUGUGCGGGAGGAAUGGAGGGGGCUUCAAUUUUGAAGCCUGCUGGCUAGAGGAAGAGGAUUUUCGGAAGGUAGUAGAGGAGGCUUGGAAGCAGAGUUCUGCAAUACAGGACUCUAAAGUGAUGGGUGCUCUAACAGGAGUUGCGUCUAGCCUGAAACAUUGGAGUCAAAAUGUUCUGGGGGACUUGGAGAGAAGAAUUAAAAAGGUGAAAGUUGAGUUGGAAAGGUGUAGGGCGGGGUUUUUAAUCCAGGAGGCAGUGACAAGGGAGGAGAUCCUACGCUUCAAGCUGGAUAGGCUAGAGGAGCAGGUGGAUAUCUACUGGCGACAAAAAGCUCAUGUUAAGUCGUCGGGUUCUGCUGACAGAACCCAGCACCUCCUAGAUGCUGUUGGGCCGCUGGUGACAAGUGAAAUGAACGAGCAAUUGUGCAAGCCUUUCUCAUUUGACGAAGUAGAAAAGGCCUUGAACAGUAUUGGUGAUUUGAAAGCACCUGGCCCUGAUGGCUUGCCGGCGAUCUUCUACAAGAAGUGCUGGGAUUUAAUCAGGAACAAAGUAACAGAGGAAGUGAUGGCAGUCCUAGCGGGCGGAGAUUUUCCGGAUGGUUGGAACGACACAACAAUUGCUCUUAUACCGAAAGUUUCAAACCCUGAAGAAGUAAAGGAUCUACGCCCAAUCAGUCUCUGCAAUGUCUUGUACAAAAUGGUGUCAAAAGUGCUCGCAAAUAGACCGAAGGUCAUUCUCCCAGAGAUUAUUUCUCCAGCACAAAGUGCCUUUGUUCCGGGUCGACUUAUUUCUGAUAACACCCUGGUAGCGUAUGAGAUCCUCCACUACAUGCGCAAUAAGAGAAGGGGAGAGGCUGGCUAUGCUGCGAUUAAAUUGGAUAUGAGUAAGGCAUAUGACAAGUGGAAUGGAACUUUCUAA